AAUUUAAUAAUGCACACAAAUACUAGAAAACACCAUUAAAAAUUAAUUUCCAAUGUAACGAUAAUGUAGGCGUGUAUUAUCCGCCGUCGGGUGCGUCAGUGCAUCGCGGCGGCGACGCGUUGGGCGGGCGCCUGCGCGACUUCUGGGCGGAGUUUCAAUCGCCGCCCUAACUCUGCACGCAUACAAUAAUGGACUUUACAUCGUAAAAAUAAAGUGUUAUUUGAUGUAAAUAGAUGUUAAGUUUGGAAGUGUGGGCGUAGGGAGCUCCACUGCUGCAGUGUGUAUUCCGUAGAGCGUGUCAGGCGAGGCGAGCGCGCGGCGCCGCGUGUCGGCGGCAGUAAUGGUGAUGGAGCGGCUGGCGGACUUCGUGAGCAAGUCGCUGGAGGGAGGCGAGGCGCCGGCGCCGCCGCCCGAGCCCGGCGACGCGGACGACGCCGACGACGUGGAGGUGGACAUCACGGAGCUGGAGGACAAGGCGCCGCCGCCCAAGCGGCCGCGGAACUGGCUGCUGUCGCCCGUGCCCGCGCACCACUGCAAGCGGGAGCAACCGCCCGACGAUGAUGAUGAUCACAGACAUGAUGCGACAGACAAAUCUCCGAACGGCAGCAACAACAACGGAGGGGGUAAGCAGAGACGUUCCAGAACAAACUUCACAUUAGAACAACUGGGCGAGCUGGAGCGGCUGUUUGACGAGACCCACUACCCCGACGCCUUCAUGAGGGAGGAACUCAGCCAGCGACUCGGACUCAGUGAGGCUAGGGUUCAGGUGUGGUUUCAGAACCGAAGAGCGAAGUGUCGUAAACAUGAGAGCCAGAUGCACAAAGGACUAUUAGUAAGUGGUGGUGGUACGCCACUGGAGCCGUGCCGCGUGGCGCCGUACGUGUCAGUGCCGCGACUAUCCGCGGUGCCCCGGCCGCCUCCUGCGCCACAACUGCCACCACUCACGCCACAUCCACCACCUUCCACAGCAUUCGCACCCUUCGACUCCGCCUUACUCUCGGCUGCUGCUCAUCAGUACGCGAGUGCGGCUGCAGCGGCGGCGGCGGCAGCGCUGUGUCCCCCGUACGCGGGGCUGGCAGCGCUGGCGGCGCGGUGUCGCUCGUCGUCCAUCGCGGACCUGCGGCUGAAGGCGCGGCGCCACGCGGCGGCGCUGGCGGCCGCGCGAGCCUCCCCGCCGCCGGCGCCCGUGCCUCCCGUCGCAUCCGCACCUACUUCCACUCCCACAGAUACAUAGCCACAAUAAAAAGGAAGUACUAGAAUGUUUUAGAUCAUACUAGCGAACAAAAUCAAUCUCUUAUCACCAGUAUCUUACUGUAUCUUUAGGUAACAGAUGAAGUCUGUGUUCCAAACUUCAACUAACUGGGACUUGUAGAACACAUCUGCAAAAAAUCUGAUUAAAAUGCUAUUCUGUCUCUGUACAUGGAUACAGUGACGUUAUUUUUAAUGAACGCAGUUAAAAAGGUUAAAGUAGUAUUUCAAUUCAUAAUUUAGAACUUGUACAUAGUUAUUUGAGGGUUUAGUACAAGUUUGUUUUGCGUUUAUUAACUUGAUCGACGUUUAUGACGUUGAGCGCUCUGAUUGGCCUAGUCCAAUAAACAACCCAAUCAAGGGCUAAACGUGGUAACGAUUCGAUCUCGUUAAACGUCAAACAGCGUCGUACUAGGCCCUCUGUCUAUUGUGACAUUACCUAUACUUAUCUAUGUCUCAGAAUUGUAAAUGACGAAUAUAAAUAAAAAUAUAGACUGUUUCGAUAUAGUGGAGUGUGAUUUACAUACAUUUACAGAUUAAUUAUGUGGUAGGAAUCUUGUCCACUUGGAUUAUAAAAAAAUAUAUAAGUAAAUAUAUUGAAAGAACUUGAUCUUUAAGAAAACCCUUAUCAAGGAAAACUAUAAACUUACAAAUACUCUAGUCUCUUAACAAUUACUUCGUAUUACUAUAAGUAUAAGGUCUCUAUACUUUGAGGACUCUCGGUUGGUUCCUAAGACAUGAAAAUGUAAUAAUUAGUUGAACUUUGUUAUGUGGGUGUCACCUAUAGUCAUAGAUUUAAGAUUCCGGCUCCUACACACAAUCAAAAGUACUUAGAAACUAAAAUCGUUGCCAUGUUUAUUCAAAUACAAGUUUAUUGUUAUAAAUAAAUUUUGUUGAUUUGAUACUUAAAACUGUUUGCAGUUGCGGUUUUCGUUUUUGCAUUCACUAGUGAGCGCUAGUGAGGCUUAUUAUCCUGUUAGCUGAAUUACCGUAGCUAAAACUUAGAUUUGUACUUCAACACACAUACACAGGUAUGUAGAUUGCUACGCCUACGCCUUUAGAUACCCAAUGGGUUAGGUAGAGGUACAAUUUACAAUGGAACAUUUAAUUUUGUAUGUUCUUUUCCAAUGUAGGUACCCUAAUGUGUGUAAAAAUCUAUUGAAUGUCCAAAUUCACGGUCGGUAGGUACCUUUACCUGUUAACGACACGAAAGUUCGUUUUGUAUGUUUUCAAGUAAACCAGUGUGGGAGCCUAUGUAUUAAAAUAAAUAGAUAAAUACAUGUUUGUGAAAUAAUAUCUCAGCUUGUAUCAGGCAUGUACAGAAACAGUAUGUUAGAAAUAAAUGACCAAACGAGUAAAUCGGACUGUGAAAUAUUUGUAAAUUAAUAAGCUGUGAUAAGUGUACGAGUUGGAAUGGAAUUACGAUGAUCUCUUUAAUUAUAGCUUGAGUUAUUGUUUAAAUGGUUGCAUAUCUGUGGCUGUGUUCUUCAAUUCUUUUGAAGUAAUCGAAUUAAAGAGAAUUGUAUCAUAAUGUUCUUAUACUGUACCCUUAGUUUGAGUUUACUUUACGUUUAAAGUAAUCGAAACGUCAGCGCGAUCGGCGCUCUGAUUGGCCGACUCGAACAAACCAACCAAUCAGAGAUUACUUCAAACGUAAAGCAAACUCUUACUGAAACGAUUGACUAGUGGUCACUAAGAUUUUGUGUUCCAUUAUAGUAUAAAAAAUAUUAUUAACAAUCAAUCGCUCAAUCGUGUAAUGAAAACAUUUGGACUGCACUUCUUAGCGUAUUGUCAAUGUAUUGCACUUGUUUAUGCGAUACACUGAAGAUACGCUUUGUGUGCGAGCGGAGUAACAUUUUGUAAUACGUAAUGGCAAUUUUAAACGAAUUAUUUGGUUGCACGAACGCCACAGAUGUGUCAAAGUUAAUAUAAGUAUGUAGAUAAGAUACUAUCAAUAAUUAUAAUACGUAUCUACUAUGAGAUAUUGAGAUUAAUAAUUCCGAUCACAAAUAAUAAAUGUAAAUAUUAUAAAAAUAAGUGUUCGGUUUCAAAUAUCAACGCUCUGUUUAUAGUUGUGUACUUAUAAAUAAAAUAUUUAGAUGAACAAUGUAAUAUCUUUUUAUCGCAGCACGAAUGGAGAGUUCCUUCACAAACUUCAAAAUAAAUGUUCAAGUAUUCAUUGUUACAAAUGAAUAUUUUGACUCGGAGUAUCACUAAGCGAGUACCACCGAGCAAUGAUACAGAUGAGUUUGUUAUUUGACGUCCCCCAUAAAUCAGGGCUAGGGGUGUGCAUCCCCAGCGGCGAGCGAUAUUGUUUCUACAUUUGCGGCUGAUUGAUGACAGCCCUAGCACCAUGGCUGGUUGCCCGUGCUAUCGCCUGUAAAUUGUUUAACUAUUCAUAGUUAACCUUUGUGUAUUUUAGUGAUAAUGUUAUGAAUAACAUAAAUUCCUAACCACCUGUUUAUUAUGUAACUUAUUUAAAUCUGACCGCGUAGCCCUAUAAAUCUAUCUAAAACUUGCACUCUAGAUACAAAGUUAAGUACUGGGUAGUCUUACUAAACUUUAUUCACCCCAUCUUUAGCGUAACAUCUACAGCUGUUUAGUUAAGCAAACAAAUAAACAAAUGCCGACCAAAUAUUUGUAAAGGAAUAACGUGAUAAAGUAAUAACAUGCACUUGGUAUUUCGUCGCGGAUUGGGACGGAGACGUGGCGCGGUAGUGGAUGCGGGCCGGAGCCCAGACUGGGGACUGGGGAGCGUGUUUGCGCAAGCUGUUAAAAAAGCCCGCCCUCGCAUCGGCUGCGCCCAAUUAGGGCGGCGACGCUGCUGAUUGGGCGUAAUCGUGUUAGUAUCGGCGACAAACAGCCCCCUGCACCCUGUCGCCUGUCUCCACAACACAUACAACCU